AGUUAACUAAAGAAUUACAUUCCUAUGUGUACACGAGGCAUUCCUAAUUAAAAAUAUAGAUUUAUGACUAAAUAAUUACUGUCCAAAAUAGUGUCUUUUGACUCUGUCACACAAGCUAAAGAGGGCUAGUAAUAUGAUAAUAAAUAUGAGAUGACGUGUAAUAAGGCAACGAAAGCUGCAGUAAAAGAGUAAAUGGUUUGAACCUAGGUGUUGAAGGCUAGUGUGGAAUGUGAUUGCCCGGGUGAGUGUAGUCUUGAGAAAGACUUUAAUUGUUGGUGGUGACUGAUGUUUUGACAACUGAGCGGAAGUCAUCUUCAGAGUCCAGUGAGAAAAAGAGACACAGUUAAUGAUACAACCAGUAUUAGGUUGUGCUGUACACCGUUCAUCAUGACGACCCAAGGAAUUCAACUCCCAUCCUUUCUACGUGUUGCUGCUGAAAGACAAAAGCAUAGUAUAACCAACCGUAAUGGCGAGAAAUUCAAGCUUGAAGCUCCAUCUCCUUCCUCUCUCGUCUAUGUACAAGAUUGUAAAGACUGUGAAUGUGAGCUGCAAAGGAAGGCAAUGAAAGUGAUCGUGGAAGGAUGUAAAGAUUGUGUUUUCAACAUUGACAGUACUUUAAUAACUGGAAUGAUUGAGGUUCUGAACUGUGAGAAUUUUACCAUUAAUGUGAAUGAGAACGGAGCGAUCAUGACACUUACAGUUGAUGGCUCUAAAAAUGUGAAGGUAAAUGCCCUGAGAAGUGAUCAGUUUGAUUCUAUUUACUCACACCGCUCUAGUGGCAUGGAGGUGGUGGUUGGAAAAGAAAACCCAACCAAGCUGGCCGUAGUUGUCGAUGAAGACCCUGACAGACAGUACAUAGUCCACUGGGAAAAGGAAGGUGACAGUGUUAAGCUCAUCUGUGAUAAGGUCAUCAGGGAUGGAAUCUAUCCUACAACUGAAAAGCAACUGGCAGAAACCAUUGCAAAAGAGAGAGAAAUGAGUGAAAGGAUGGCAGCCAUGAUGGUCGAUGGGAUGAAGGUUACCCAGAAACCCAAGAAAUCAAAGGCAAGUGUGAAGCAAGCAGAAGCUCAGUCCCAAUUACCCAAAAAUAAACCUCAACCCAAGCCUACCAAACCUCAAGCAACAAACCCACCAAACAAAAUAAAGCCACCUUCUAAACCUAAACCACAAAAGCCUUCCAAACAUAAACCAAAACCAAAACCCCAAGCAAAGCCAUCAAAACACAGACCUGCACCUAACAUUGAAGAAGAUGAUGACAAGAAAGAGUUUUUUGAAAGUGAGGAAGACUUAACUGCUAAACUAGAUACCCUAUGCCAGUGGAUAAAAGACAGCAAACACUGCAUCGUGUUUACUGGUGCUGGAAUAAGUACUAGUACUGGUAUUCGUGAUUUUAGAAGCGGAAUGAAUACCGUGCUGAAAACUGGUCCUGGAAAAUGUGAGCUGCAAGCUAAGGGAGCCACAAAGUCUUCAUUAACCAAAGUGAAUGUCUUGAAGGCAGUACCAUCAGUAGCCCAUAUGGUACUUGUGAAACUCCAUCAAGAAGGCCUUGUUAAGUUUACUGUCAAUCAAAAUACCGAUGGCUUGCACCUAAGAAGUGGAAUCCCAGCGGAUCAGCUAGCGGAGCUCCAUGGCAACACCAACCUUGAAAAAUGCACUAAAUGUGGGGCAAAGUAUUUGAGAGAUUUUAGAACGCGCAACGCUCAAGGCGUUCAUAAACACCGAACAGGCCGCUUCUGCGACAACUUUAUGUGCCGUGGACAUCUUGUUGACUCUAUAAUCAACUUUGGAGAAGACCUUCCAGAAGAUGAUCUGGAUCGUGCUUUUGACGAAGCGGGAAAAUCCGACCUGUGCAUUGUAUUAGGAUCAAGUCUUCGCGUGACACCUGCGGCGGAUGUUCCUGAAAGUGUAAUGGAAAAAGGCGGCAAAUUAGUCAUAUGCAAUUUACAGAAGACCCCUUUGAAUGAUGGCUGCGCUUUGGAAAUCCAUAAACAAAUUGAUGAUGUGAUGGUUGGACUGGCCACUAGACUUGGCCUGGAAAUACCACAGUUUACCGUGAAGCGCCGCCUUGCUGUCAUGGUAACAGAGAAAGAUAUCACAAUACAGGGUCUUGAUGUUGCCUUGGAUACGCCCUACUCUUUUAUGCGUCAGGUUGAGGUCAAGUUGAUGCAGAAACAUGAUGGAAAAUAUAAGGAAAUCGUCAAGGAAGUCUUAACUAAAGAGCCAUAUUCCAUAGCCAUACCGAAGAUGACCAGACUUUCGCCUCAAAAUCCUGUUAAAGGGGAGAUUUGUCUCGGAUUGCAAGGUCACUAUGGGGAGCCUGAUUUCACGCUACCCGCAACAAUAGACAAACCUGGAAGGACUGUGUAUCUGCUAUCAUACAACCUCUGUGACGGAACAUGGAAUGUGGAGGAUUUGCAAUAAUUUAUCGUUCAAAGAAAGCAACUUAGUCACACUUGGUUCACGAGCAACAAGGUUCGCAAUUGCAACACAAGCACACGCUUGAAGACAUAAUCGGACUCUCCUUGACAGUUGUGGGAAAAUACCAUUGCAGUCAGUCGAUGAGCGUUUUCGGUCAGUUUACCAGCGUGGGUUUAUGAAAAACAGAUGGAAAUUAUUGCACAUGCACAUGCACGAUGAUAUGCAAGAUAAUUCUUGUAUUUUGUCAAGGGUGUUAAGUAAUUAUCAAUACACCUAAGUUUGUAAUCAAGGUUUCACAAUAUUCUAAAUAUAAUAUUGAUUUGCAUUCCGAGUGCCACUCAGUUUGCGAAUUGUGUGAAGCCAAUGGGUGUGGUUUCUUAUUAGCGCACAUGAAAUCAAUUCAGUCCAUCCCAAUUUUUUUUUAAUUUUGUGUAGUGUUAGCUGAAUUCACUUUCAAGAAACUUGUCCUCGUUAUUUAUACAAUGAAUAUGUACCUAUGCUUACGUUUAUUUAUGGGUAGUUGGAUGGAAAUUAUAACAUUCAAAUUAAAAUAUUCUGAUUUUGCAAAUA